AUGCGCUCCUUCCCCAUUGCUUUCAGCAUGAUGCUGGUCCAUUCUCUCGUCUUUCUGUCAUUCAUCAACCUCGCGACAGCCCACCCUUACAGUUUCAAUCAUUUUCGUCAUCUUCUCGCAAGCCGGUACGAACCAACACACACCACCAAAUAUCCCAUUCCCGCCAAAGCAAAAGCGAGCUCAGUCUCGGCUGGCCCAGUCUCCCCAUGUACCGGAGUGCAUUGCGCCAAUCCUACUCUGCUACCCUCAAGUCUACCUUGCGAUGCUGCGAACGGCACCACUUUCGUCACUGCGCUCCCCAAUGGCACAAAGUAUACCAUGAUCUGCGACAUCGACUUCCCGGCUCAGCACAUCUAUCCCUUCAUUCUUGCGGGCUCCUUCGAUGAGUGUUUGGGGCAAUGCGAGACCUACAACGAGAAAGCCAUGGCAGGCACCAGCUGCGCUGGCUUUGUCUUCGCCCCAGAUCGCACCAACGGCGCCGAUGAUUGUUACCUGAAGUCUUCCUUGCACGACCCUAGCUCGGCGACAAUCCACCUCGUAGGUGCGACCAUCAUGCCCUCUACGGCGUCACGUGCUUUGCCAUCAACAUCUUCUUCACUGCCGACCCCUCGUUCAAAUCUGCGAAAGACCUACUCCGAAGUCAACGUAGGAAACUUGAAAAUCCUGGGCAGCUCCACAAACAAGCCUACCAACCAGUACGUCAGUCAUGUACCUGCCACUCCCCAGAAGCUGGCAAGCAGUCUCCUUGUUCCUGGCCUUAACCCCGACCUCAUCACCAAGUAUCCCAUUGCCGAUGACACCGGCUCUUGGACUGAAGGUCAGUUGCCAAGUGGUGUAACACUGUCAAACAUGAAAGCCGCGCCACGCAUGUCUCGUGAUGGUGGAAAAGGAGGUACGAUCAAUGAAACACAUAUUUUCGUCUUCUGCGACACUGCAAGUUUCUCCGAAGAUCAAGGCAUGGUCGGUUUCGUAUCUAGCUCUGUCGCCACGGACGACGGGAUGAAAGCUCUCUACGGCGAACCCCUCGAGCUUGUCGACAAUCUUGGUGAGUGGCAGGAUGAUGUCGGCAGAAUGCGAGGCUUUGCUCCCAUGACCACUGGAGAGGAAUCCUUCAACAUCGACCUCUCCGGCAGAGGAUACCGAUAUGCAGUGUGGCCGGAAUCCUCAGUCAUACCUUUCAAUGCCUCUCAUGCCCUACUUUAUCCUGCCCUAGUAUACGAUGUCGUCGACAUGAGCAAUCAGGCAGCAGUUUUCAACGACAUUGGAAACACCAUCCUUCUGGUAUCGGUGGACCCUACCUACGGUCCAACCGCCGAACGCGUUGUCCCACAGCUGUACAAUCAAGAUCAAGUCACUUUUGGCACUCUGGGCGGCAUCCGCUCGUGGGGUCCUGCUGGAAAGGGCGGCAACGACGGGCAUAUCUAUCUCUUCGGCAAGGGUGAUAAUGGUGUUCUCGUCGCAAGAACGGUUCCAAAUGGCUUCACGGACUUGUCGACAUAUGAGUACUGGAAUGGUGACUCCUAUACAGAAGACAUGCCGUCUUCGUCUUCGAAUGCUGUCAUGCUGGACAUGCAGGUUCAGGACUUGGAUGUCGUGUAUGUUCCAGCCAUCCGGAGCUUCCUCAUGAUCUACCUAAAUACUCUUGCAGACAACACAUUCUACUAUCGCCAUCUGCCUCUUGAUCUGGAUGCUGAUGACCAAGACUGUGACGUGGAUAACAUUGUCAAAGCCAAGUGGUCCGCCGAGAAAGUCUUGGCCCAGAUUGAGGCCCCCAUCGAGGGAUACAUCUACGCCGGCGGCAUGCAUGCAGGUUAUUUCGGCGACGACGACAUCACCAACGGUGGCUCGAAGAUCCUGAUCACCUGGACUGAGCAUACCGGCCAGGACGCGGCGUCCCCUGAGUCUGGGUACGCGCACAAGUCUGCCUAUGUUGAACUCGAUCUUUCCUAA